AAAAAAAUAUCAGAAAGAGGAAAUCCUCGGAAUAAAUGUGCCCUCCAACCAGGACAUUCCCUUAUGGAUUGGAUCCGUCUUGGAGCCUCCGGGAAAGAUCUUACAGGUGUCGGUUCUCAAGCAGGACGUCUUUCGGUGACAAAAAGCGAAUUAGCAAAGCAUAAUAAGAUAAACGAUAUCUGGUUGGCUAUACGGGGGAGAGUAUACAACGUCACUGCAUACAUACCAUUCCAUCCAGGAGGUCCUGACGAACUCAUGAAAGCAGCAGGAGUUGAUGCCACAAAGCUAUUCGACCAGGUUCAUCCUUGGGUUAACUACGAGCAAAUUCUGCAGAAAUGCUUCAUCGGAAGGUUGGUUUCAAUUGAUCCUGGAAUCAACUCGCAAGAUCUUUUCUUCGGAAAACAAGCAACUGAAAAAUCAUCCCCAAACAACUUCGGAGAAUCCAAAACUCCGACAGUUGAAGCAGUUGCAAAGAAAACUGGAGCUGAGACUCCAAAAAAGCAGCAAUCAGUGGCGAAAGUGGAUUUGUCAAAUGCUGAAGAUGAGCUGGAGGAACAAACAGAUGUUGUUAGUUUACCAAGGUUUGAUUGGAUCCAACAACUGAACUCCAUAACAGUUAUUUUCUACACUCCGGCCUUCUCGAACCCAAUGGUGGAGGUGAUCCCUCCAGAUGCAAAUAAAGCAAUAAUGAUAGUAAUUUCCAUUGACGAGACUAUUUUUAGGAAUGAAAUUGUUUUUUACGAAAAUGUAGUUUGGCCUUGUUUUAUUAGGGUGACGUGUGAAACAGGAAAGGUUGAAGUGAUUUUUACGAAAUGCGAAGAUGCGAUUUGGAGUAACUACGGGGUUCUGAGACAGCAAAGUGAAAGUGUCGAGGCUGUGACUGGUGCGAGAUACAAUCAUGUGUUUAGCGAUAGGAUAACAGUGAACCAUAAUAUCUAUCUAAUCAAGUUGAAUCGGACUGAUGGAAGGAAAAUCGUGGUGCCAAUUGGAAAGCAUGUUAGAGCGUUUGCGAACAUUGAUGGUCAGGAAUGGUCUCGAAGUUACACACCGGUUCCUUCAUCUCUCUUCACAAAUCUUUCUCUAAACAACUAUACUUCGGACACGGUGUGUCUGAUGAUCAAGCGGUAUAAAAAUGGCAAUGUCAGCAGAUUCUUGACGGACAGAGAGGAAAACGACGUCGUCUAUCUCACUGGUCCUUUGGGUGACUUCGAUCUGAGAACGAUUGAGAAAAAGGAGACGUUUCUUCUGCUUGCUGCUGGUACGGGAAUCACGCCGAUGUUUUCGCUACUGGUGUUCCUUUUAGAAAGAAGGAUACGAAAGUGUCAGUUCGUCAGGUUGCUGUUUUUCAACAAAACUCAACAAGAUAUACCAUUCAAGGACCAGCUUGACAAUUUGCAAUCAACUGAUUCUCGGUUCAAAAUAGACUACAUCCUCUCGACCCCAGACAAAAACUGGUUGGGUCUGCAGGGUCACAUUAACAAAGACAUGAUUGAAAAUUCCAUCCUUGAACACAUCAUGGACACUGGUUAUACGAUAAAAGAUAUUUUCACUUUCGUCUGUGGACCAAACCAAUUUUUGACUAUCGCUCUGGAAGAACUCGAGAAAAUAGGAAUCAUAGGCGAACAAAUCUAUGUUUUUCAGGGAUAGCAGAAGUUACAGGGUGGUGGAUUAGUGCACAGUGAGAUAAAGUCAUCUGAUGAUUCGUUGGUUGUUAGAAAUGUUAAUGAUUUUGUACUGAAUGUAUUCAAUUCCAUUGGAAAAACCAGGGUCUGUUAAUAUAUUAUUUCAUUCAUUAA